AGCACACUGCUCUGCCUUUUUACCGCUAGACCUGUGUGCUGCGCGGAGCUAAGGCCUUCAGUGUCCCCUUCCUCACCCAGGUUACUCACAGAAUGGAAUCCCAGCGGGAACUCGCAGAGGAACUGCGGCUUUACCAAUCCACCCUUCUUCAGGAUGGUCUAAGAGAUCUCCUGGAUGAGAAAAAAUUCAUCGACUGCACCCUAAAAGCUGGCGACAAAAGUAUUCCGUGCCACAGAUUGAUUUUGUCAGCGUGUAGUCCUUACUUCCGUGAGUAUUUUUUAUCUGACAUUGAUGAGGCGAAAAAAAAGGAGGUAGUGCUAGAUAAUGUGGAUUCCGCCAUCCUGGAUCUAAUCAUCAAGUACCUCUACUCCGCCAGUAUUGAUCUCAACGACGGAAACGUGCAAGACAUUUUUGCACUGGCCAGCCGCUUUCAGAUCCCCUCAGUGUUCACUGUCUGUGUCUCUUACCUUCAGAAAAGACUGGCUCCUGGUAACUGUCUAGCCAUCCUGAGAUUAGGACUUCUCCUGGACUGCCCAAGACUUGCCAUCUCUGCCCGGGAAUUUGUGUCUGAUCGCUUUGUACAGAUUUGUAAGGAAGAGGACUUCAUGCAACUGUCUCCACAGGAAUUGAUCUCCGUCAUUUCAAAUGACAGCCUCAAUGUAGAAAAGGAAGAAGCGGUGUUUGAGGCAGUGAUGAAAUGGGUGCGAACAGACAAAGAAAGAGUGAAAAGCCUUAGCGAAGUGUUUGAUUGUAUCCGUUUUCGCCUUAUGACAGAAAAAUAUUUCAAAGAUCACGUUGAGAAAGAUGAUAUAAUUAAAAGCAACCCAGAACUCCAGAAAAAAAUCAAGGUUCUCAAAGAUGCUUUCGCAGGCAAACUUCCAGAACCUAGCAAAAAUGCAGAGAAGGCUGGGGAUGGUGAGGUGAAUGGAGAUGUUGGUGAUGAAGAUUUACUUCCUGGGUACCUGAAUGACAUUCCCAGGCAUGGAAUGUUUGUCAAAGACCUCAUCCUCUUGGUUAAUGACACAGCUGCAGUGGCUUAUGAUCCCACAGAAAAUGAAUGCUACCUUACUGCAUUGGCUGAACAGAUUCCCAGAAAUCAUUCCAGCAUCGUUACCCAACAAAAUCAGGUAUAUGUGGUAGGAGGACUAUAUGUGGAUGAAGAAAAUAAGGAUCAACCUCUACAGUCAUACUUCUUCCAGCUUGAUACCGUUGCAUCUGAGUGGAUUGGACUUCCACCUCUGCCUUCAGCGAGGUGUCUCUUCGGUCUGGGAGAGGCAGAUGACAAAAUCUAUGUAGUUGCAGGCAAAGACCUUCAAACGGAGGGUUCGCUGGACUCAGUAUUAUGCUAUGAUCCUGUGGCUGCAAAAUGGAAUGAAGUAAAAAAACUUCCUAUCAAAGUCUAUGGCCAUAAUGUGGUUUCACAUAAGGGGAUGAUAUACUGUCUGGGAGGAAAGACGGAUGACAAAAAGUGUACAAACAGAGUAUUUAUCUACAACCCCAAAAAAGGAGACUGGAAAGAUAUGCCUCCAAUGAAAACCCCACGUUCGAUGUUCGGAGUGGCUAUCCAUAAAGGCAAAAUUGUGGUUGCAGGAGGUGUCACUGAAGAUGGUCUUUCAGCAUCUGUUGAAGCUUUUGACCUCACAACCAAUAAAUGGGAAGCAAUGACCGAAUUUCCCCAGGAAAGAAGUUCCAUCAGUUUGGUGAGUCUGGCUGGAUCCUUGUAUGCCAUCAGUGGUUUUGCCAUGAUUCAGCUGGAGUCCAAAGAGUUUGCACCCACUGAAGUCAAUGAUAUAUGGAAGUAUGAAGAUGAUAAAAAGGAAUGGGCUGGGAUGUUGAAGGAAAUACGUUAUGCUUCAGGAGCUAGUUGCCUCGCAACACGUUUAAAUCUCUUCAAAGUGUCUAAACUGUAAACAAGAAGGUGAAAAAAUGUAAUAGAUUGGGAGGUGGUUUGUUUGGAUAACAGGACUUUAAUUUAUUGGGUUUUUUUUAAAGCCUAUACAGAGAUCCAUGUAGAAAUUAUCCACUAAGUUACUGUGCAAGAGGUUAGCAGUGGGUAUCAAAACCUCAGAGACACUGAAUCUUCAAUGUAAGGAUCAUAUCUUAAAACCAUUUUCUAAUGAGAAAUUAAAUAUUAAUUUGAACAGAU